AUGGGGAUCGAAGCAGAGGUGGAAGGUCAGAAAAAGACAUUUAGACUCUGCCAGUCUACUGUUAACAACAUUUCAAAAACAUCAAGAGAAAACACAAGCAGCAAAACCAUGGAAAAAGACCACAGCAAUGAAAGGGGCUUAAGUGUUGCACAAAUUAUAAAGAACAAGUUGAGUGGAAAAAUAGAAGAUGGAAGCAAUGAAAAUCUACCAAUGUUUAAACUCCACCUGGAUGAAACAUGGCAGAACAGUGACGGAUUCUGCAGAAGAAGCACAUUUGGAAAAAACACCACAAAACCAAACAAAACCAUUAUGAUGAUCGGAGCCACGGGUGCAGGAAAAACCACUCUAAUUAACAGCAUGAUCAACUACAUUCUGGGAGUGGAAUGGGAAGACGACUUCCGGUUUGUGCUAAUAGAUGAAGGGAAGCAGAAAUCCCAGGCUGUAAGUCAGACAUCACAGAUCACAGCAUAUCAGAUUAAUCACAUGGAUGGUUUCCGUGUUCCAUAUUCUCUGACCAUUGUGGACACACCAGGCUUCGGUGAUACCAGAGGAAUUUCACAUGACCAGAAAAUCACAAAACAGAUUCAGGAGUUCUUUUCUGCCGAUGGAGGAAUCGACAACAUUGAUGCCGUGUGUUUUGUAGUGCAGGCUUCGCUUGCUCGUCUGACACACACACAGAAAUACAUCUUUGACUCCAUUCUUUCCAUAUUCGGGAAGGAUAUUGCUGAAAACAUCCUUAUGAUGGUCACCUUUGCAGAUGGAAAAAGACCUCCAGUUCUCGAGGCCAUCAAAGUCUCCCAGGUGCCCUGUUCUACAAAUGAGUCUAAAGAACCACUUCACUUCAAGUUCAACAACUCUGCUGUGUUUGCUAUCAAUAAUAAAACGGCAGAGGAUGAGGAGUCUGACUUUGAAAACUUUGAUCAAAUGUUCUGGAAGUUGGGAAUUUCUAGCAUGAGAAGAUUUUUCAAAUCCCUUAAUGAUAUGGAAACCAAGAGCUUGUAUCUAACACAGGAGGUCCUAAAAGAGCGGCAACAGCUAGAAGUGCUUGUGGAAGGCCUCCAGCCCCAAAUAAAUGCUGGUCUGACAAAACUGGAUGAAAUCAAGAAAACAAGAGCUGCAUUGGAGCAGCACAAGGCUGAAAUGGAUGCAAACAAGGAUUUUGAAUACGAAUUUGAAAUAAAUGACCCAAAACAGAUUGAAAACAAAACAAGCUCCUUUUUGACCAACUGCCAGACUUGUCACUUCACAUGUCAUGAUGCAUGUGUUUAUGCAAAUGACAGUGAUAAAUAUAAGUGCUGUGCGAUGAAAGAUGGAAAGUGUCAGGUCUGUCCAGGAAAGUGUGCAUGGAAUGUGCACUUCAAUCAAAAAUACAAAUGGACUUAUGUCAAAGAAAAGAGAAAGGGAACCUAUCAGGGUUUAAAGAAGCGAUUUGAGGCUGCACAUGGACAGGUCAUGUCAAAGGAAAAGAUCUUUGAAGAGCUUGAAAAGGAGCUUAUGGUUGUCCAAGAUAUUGUGACCGGUCUAAUUGAAAAAUCUCAAAAGUCCUUGGAGCGGCUGCAGGAAAUUGCUCUCAAGCCCAAUCCUCUUUCCACCCCUGACUACAUUGAUCUGAUGAUUGAGUCUGAGAAACAAGAGGCCAAGCCAGGAUUUCAAGAUCGCAUUCAGUCUUUAAUGGAAGUCAGGAAAAAUGCAGUGAUCAUCAGUAAGGUUUCUGCAGGAGGAGUGCUUCCAGAGGAUUUGAAAUCAUACAAACCUGAAACAAGAAAAAAUCAAGCAUCUUAUGAUCCUAGAGUCCUGUUUAAUCAGGUAAAGAAUAAAUUCUGUAAUGUAUUUGAUUUAAAACUUUAA